AUGGAACAUCCAGUCGCCGAGAUCGCCUCCGUCAUCACCACCCUCACCACCGGCUCCCCUCAGCAGCAGCAAGACACCCUCGCCGAGUACUUCCUCCCCGACGCGUCCUUCUCCCACCCCUUCUGCCGCGUGCCGUCCUUCCACAAGGGCGCCGUCCCCCUGGCCCGCGAGACAAACUCCCGCUGGCUCAUCCUGUGCAUCUACCGCUGGUACCGCACCCUCAGCCCCGACAUCGACAUCACCGUCGACUCGGCGGUGCUCGACCCCCAUACCGACACGCUCUACGUCAGCAUCCGCCAGACCUUUGCCAUCUGGUUCGUCCCCCUGUACGCGGCGCGCGUGCGCCUCCUCACCGUCCUGGCCCUCCGGAAGCAGCGCUCCCCGUCGCCCGCCUCCCGCGCCGCCCUCUCCGGCCCCGGCCAGGAGCGCGCCAGGUAUUACAUCUCCUCCCAGGAGGACCUGUACCAGACAAACGACUGCGCGCAGUUCCUCGUGCCCCGCGUCGGACCCUGGCUCUGCCUGUUGUGGCAGUUGUUCAGCACGGCCCUGUGCGUCGUGGGCGCCGUCGUGCUCCUGCCCGUGUAUCACGUCUUGAACGGGAGCAAGACUGCGAAACGAGUCGCCUAG